AUGGAUAGAGGGCAUCCGAUGACGCAGGAUGUUGUUAGUCAUCGUCGCUACAAUCCACUGAUGGACGAGUGGGUCAUUGUUGCUGCAAAUCGGAUAAAGCGACCAUGGCAGGGCGAGAAAGAAACUGUUAUGGCUGCCAGCACUGCUGGAAGCAUUACUGCUGCUGCUGCUGGUAGUUCUGAGAGAACUGGUGACAGCGGAAACAACCGAGAACCAGCUGCUGCUGCUGCUGGAGAGGAAUGGAAGUCAACGAAUGCCUUGGCACCUGGAGGUCAUCGGGCGAAUGGUCUGGUCACCCCGGAGUACAGCGAUAUUUACAUAUUCACAAACGAUUACCCAUCGUUUACUGAUGAUGGGCAAAAAUUGGCGGAACCAGAAGACUGCGAUCAAAGCGAGCAGUCAUUUCCCGUGGCUUUGAUGAUGGGAUGGUGCUUUUCCAGAGUGAUCUGUUAUCACCCGAGCAGCAGUCUCUCAAUGUCGCAGAUGUCGCUCGAGCAAAUCGAACUUGUGAUCGAUGCUUGGAUUGAGCAAAUCAACGAGCUGCAAAACAAGUAUGCCUGGAUCCAGAUUUUUGAGAACAAAGGAGCGAUGGUGGGAUGUUCCAAUCCUCAUCCACACGGACAGCUGUGGGCCAGCGAUUUUUUACCCAAUAUUCCUGCCAGGAAGCAUGCUGCACAAAAGGUGUGUCGUCCUGGAUUGUUUUAA